AUGGAAGGUGAUUUGGAUAAUCCCCCAGACGAGCAAAUUGAUUUAUCUGAAGAUCAAAUAUUGUCUAAUAUCGAAAUGUAAAAUAUGGAGUUAGAAGCUCUUACAAUGACACUUAAUGAAAAGGAAAUGAAGGUAACUGAGGAUAUAGAAAAUGGUGUAGCUUUCAAAAUGUUAGAAUUACAUAUCAAGCCACAGAAAUUUGGCAGUCCUAUAAAUAUGAAUGUGCUUCACAGUAAAGGCUUCUAAGUUAAACAAGAAUAGAUAGAGUAAUUACCUAAAAUCACUCUUAAAAUAAAGCUAAAAAGAGCAUACCCCUCAUCCUAGCCAGCUAUUAUCAUGAUAGAAGGUUUUUAUGAGAAAUUCAUGAGUAAAAUAGAAGAAAUACUUAAUUCAAAGUGGAGUGAAGAUCAAUUGAUACUCUACGAAUGGUUUACCUAUUGCCAAUAAGAUAUAAUUAUAGACCUAUUGAAUGACAAGAAGGAAUUGAUUGUUGAUUCAAUUUAGUACCAGCAAUACAAAGAAGAAAUGAUUGACACAAUCAAGUAUACACUUGAUAUUGAAGAAACAAACUGUGAAAUAUGCUAUCAACUUUUAGUAGGUCAUGAUAAUUUCCUCAUUCUCAAUGCUUGUGGACACUAUUUUUGUAAGUCUUGUAUGCAUCAAUAUGCAGAGGAUUUAAUAAACUAAGGUGAAAUUUCAAAGCUAUUAUGCCCUCAUUAUUCUGGUUGCAAGACCUUCCUUACCGAAGUCAAUUUGAGGAGUAUCAAUAUACCAGAAGAUUAGAUAGAGAAACUAACCAAAUUUUCAAUCAAUUAAGCAAUAGAAAAGAUGGAUGAUUUCGGUUGGUGUCCGGUCACAGCCUGUGGAGCCCCUGCAGAGGUAGAUAAAGUCAAGAACUUUGGAUAAUGCACCCAAUGCCGAUUUGUCUUUUGCAUUACCUGCAGAGAGAAGUAUCACUUUUUUAAGUAAUGUCCAGCUCUUAAAAUCCAUAAUACUAAUUAUGAUUAAUUGGAAAAGGAUGCUUAAAUCGAUAAUUUUGUGAAGAAUCAGUUUAACCAAAUACAAGAAUAGAUGAAUUUGCACUAUAUCAAGUAGUGUACAAAGCAAUGCCCGAAUUGUAAAUUCACCAUUUAAAAAGUAGAUGGCUGUAAUAAGAUGAUUUGUUCUAGAUGCGGGAUCUUCUUCUGCUGGAUGUGUGUCAAGUAGAUUUCUGGUUAUAGUCAUUUUUCAGAGUCACCUUAAUGCGGUGAUAUUCUCGGUGCUGAAAUUCCUGAUAAUAUUCAGAAUAAGCAUGAAGUAAAGUAUGAUAUUGUGGCUGAUGUUCUUAAAGAUUGCAUUCAUUGCCCUGAGUGUAGAACUUUGAUUACUAGAAUCGAUGCUUGCAACCUACUUAAAUGCUAUUAAUGUAAAAAUGAGUUUUGCUAUUAAUGUGGUCGUGCCACUCCUGAGGGUAAGGAUCAUUAUGAAAAUACUAACUGCUAUUACUUGGACUUUGAUCAAAUUAAGAUGUCAAAAUAAUUGAAUAAAAAACAUAAAUUUUUCUGA